ACCCUUCAGCUCAUCAACUCAGGCAACACUUCACUACCAGUUCAGUUCUGUCAUUCUCUGAACACACUGAGAGCAAGAUGGGUGGCAAGGUUCUUCUGAUCAGUGUUGUUUUGGUGGGGCUUGUUUCACUGAGCUCAUGCAGGAGCCUGGGGGGAUUGGAUGAGCGCAAGACCUACUCCUCUGCGCCCCACUAUGGGGGCUCCCCAACUCCCACAUAUGGGUCAGGAGGAGGCUACAAACCAACACCAACACCGACGCCAACUUACGACGCUACACCGACGCCAACUUACGGCGCUACACCGACACCAACUUACGGCGCUACACCGAGCACCCCAAGUACACCUUCCCAUGAUGUCCCUACAAUUCCAAAGAAGCAUGGACACACUGGAUCCUGCGACUACUGGAAGGGCCACCCAGAUGCUAUAGUUGCAGCUAUCGGGUCGCUUGGCAACAUUGGCCAGACAUUUGGCGCUGCAUGCAGCAUGAUUGUUGGCAAGAAGCUAGAAAAUCUGCACGAUGCACUGUCAAACACAAGAACUGAUGGUAUCGGUGCCCUGAUACGUGAAGGAGCAGCAGCAUACCUCAACUCCAUUGUCAACAAGAAAUUCCCUUUUACCACCCAGCAGGUGAAGGACUGCAUCGUCGUUGCGGUGAUCUCUGAAGGUGCUGCUUCUGCCCAGGCUGGGGUCUUCAAGAAGGCCAAUGAUUCCCACUACAAGUUUUAGUCCUGGAUAUCCCUUGGCUAAAUUUAUUGCUCCUAUGUACUUUUUGAUUGAUGAUAUCCUGUGGCUUGAUAUAUUUCUAAUAGUUUGUUUGUUUAUCAUGUAAUAUCACUAUUUUAAGAGAUUUUAAAUGUAAUAUAUCAUCAUUUUUGUUCCUUCAAUAAAAAAGAACUAAUUAUGAUUA